GCCUUGUACCCUCCUAACCCCCUUCUAUAUAACCAUCUCUACCCCCUCUCUCUAACAUACUUAGCCAUUUUCACACAUCAUCAUCAUCUUCUUCUUCAUCUUCAUCAUCAUAAUCAUCGCCAUUGUUACUACUUCGCUAAUAUAAGCUCUACUGCUCUAGCAAUGGUUGCACACGCCACCAUCAACAAUGGCCGUUGCGACGCCGCGCCGGCGGCGGCGGCGAAGUCGAGGCCGGCGGUGAUGCCGCCGCCGGCGAGUAAUCAUGGGGCGGCCUGCAAGAACUCCGGUAGCAACAAGGAGAGGAGGAGGAUGAGGCGGUGCGUGGAGGUGAGGAGGAAGAUGGAGGCGCUGAGGAGACUCGUGCCGGGCGGCGGCGGCGGCGAGGAUUCCGGCGAGGAGCUCCUGUUCCGCGCCGCCGACUACAUCGCGCGGCUGCAGGUGCAGGUGAAGGUGAUGCAGCUCAUGGUGGACGUGCUGGAGCAAACGAAAGAUUGAUUGAUUAGCCAUUCUUGAUUCAUUAUUUAAUUAUUGAUUAGGCUUAAUUAAUCAUCAGAGGUGUAAUACAUAUACAAAGCGUAUUAUUUGCGCUGUAUACGUGUACGGAUUUUUUUCUUUUGUUUUUUUGUUCUCUUUUUUUUUCCUUUGUUUCGUGUUUUUGACACGUAUAAAAUAGGGGUUAUUUUAUACGGGACCUGGCUAUUUAAUUUGUUUGUUGAUUGUGUCGGUGUGUAUGUACAUACGUAUAGUAGUAUGUAUGUGUAUAUGUGCUACGGUUGUAUAUACAUGAGUAUACAUUAGUUUUAUAUGUAUACAUUAAUACAUACAUGUACAUAUGCGGUGGUAAUGUCAUCUUUAAUUUGGUGUUAA